AUGAACUCGACCCAUAGGGUAGGCACAACCAGCCUAUGGUUGGAGUGCUGGUACCAGGAGUCAGAGAUCCUCAUGCUCUGGGACCUAGCAAAAUAUUUCCUACUCAGCGAUGAAGAUCUCAACACUGACCAAAGCAAUAAACAGUUCAAUGGCAUAAUAAAGGAAGCUGCACUUAAAGUAGGCGCAGGGGCGCGCAAUCCGGGGACACCCGGGGGGGGGUCGAGUCUGCUGGACGCGUCCGACGCCAAGCUUGUGUUCCUCUUAGGGAACCCUCGCGAUAGUCGCAUCCAGACCCAGGUGGUGGAAGAGUCGCGAACGUACGGGGACAUCCUCCAGGAGGACUUCGUAGACUCCUACAUGAACCUGACGAUCAAGUCUGUGAUGGGCCUCAAGUGGUCUUCGACCCACUGCCCGCAGGCACGUUUCCUUAUGAAGACCGAUGACGAUAUGUUCAUCAACAUCUCCUCGCUUCUUACGUACCUGCAGGAGGCGUCCGCGUCCACGUGGAUUACAG